GAAUACUUCUCUCUCCAUUAAACACUUAAAAAAAAAAUUAAUUAAUUAAUUAAAAUUAAGAGAUGGACAAGGCCAUAUUUAUGGGCCUUUAUUAAUGAAUUAAUUUUAUUUAUUUAUUUUUGGAUUCAUUGGGUCUUCAUUGCUGUGCGUGGGCUUUCUCUAGUUGUGGCGAGCGGGGGCUACUCUUCGUUGUGGUGCGUGGGCUUCUCAUUGCGGUGGCUUCUCUUGUUGCGGAGCACGGGCUCUAGGCAUGCGGGCUCAGUAGUUGUGGCGCACGGGCUUAGUUGCUCCACGGCAUGUGGGAUCUUCCUGGACCAGGGAUCGAAUCCGUGUCCCCUGCACUGGCAGGCAGAUUCUUAAUCGCUGCACCACCAGGGAAGCCCUGUCAUUAUUUUUUAAACAUUCUGAAGGUUCAAGCAAAUGUCACAAUACAAGAAAAUAAUCAGCAUAAAUAUUGGGAUAUAAGAAAAACAGUUGAUAUGAGUAUGUGAUUGUAUAUGACCUCCUGCCUCCAGUCAAUCAGUCCUGGGUUUCUAAACAUCCAGGAAUGUAAGAUCCUUAUAGACCCAUAUUUCCCUUUUGAUAUAUCCUUUUCCUCCAGGAUCAAGGGGACUCCUCUUUCCAGGCCCUCGAGAGUUCUAUGAGAGAAUUGACCUUUGAAGCUAUCCUGGACUGGGGAUGGCUCAGCUCCAUGAAUCUUCUUGCACGUUUCCUGUGUUUCUGUGUUGCCAUGAGGACUUCUGGAGAGACUUGACAAGGUCCCCCUGUAAAACCCAGAGCCUGGACACCUGCAGACUUCACCUCGCCAUCCAGGCUGGCAUCCUUGCCGGGAACAGAAAUGAGGUACUGGGCCACGUGCACCCAGAGUGUGACUACAUCACCCAGCUGAGAGAGGAUGAGCGAGCUUGUCUGCAAGCGGCAGAGGGGGUGUCCAACUCCACCUUUGGCUGCCCCAGGACCUGGGAUGGGCUGCUGUGCUGGCCGACGGCAGGCUCUGGAGAGUGGGUGAGCCUCCCCUGCCCGGCUUUCUUCUCUCACUUCAGCUCAGAGCCAGGGGCUGGGGCCUUGAAGCGGGAUUGCACCAUCACGGGCUGGUCUGAGCCCUUCCCGCCCUAUCCUGAGGCCUGUCCUGUGCCCCUGGAGCUGCUAACUGAAGAGAAAUCCUACUUCUCCACCGUGAGGGUCGUCUACACCAUGGGCCACAGCGUCUCUGCCGUGGCCCUCUUCGUGGCCAUCACCAUCCUGGUUGCCCUCAGGAGGCUCCACUGCCCCAGGAACUACAUCCACACCCAGCUGUUCGCCACCUUUAUUCUCAAGGCGGGAGCUGUGUUCCUGAAGGAUGUCACCCUCUUUCACGGCGAGGACACGGACCACUGCAGCUUCUCCACUGUUCUGUGCAAGGUCUCUGUGGCCACCUCCCAUUUCGCCACCAUGACCAACUUCAGCUGGCUGCUGGCAGAAGCUGUCUACCUGACCUGCCUCUUGGCCUCCACGUCACCCAGCGCAAGGAGAACCUUCUGGUGGCUGGUCCUUGCUGGCUGGGGGCUUCCCCUGCUCUUCACCGGCAUGUGGGUGGGUUGCAAGCUGGCCUUUGAGGAUGUUGCGUGCUGGGACCUGGACGACAGCUCCCCCUACUGGUGGAUCAUCAAAGGACCCAUCGUCCUUUCCGUUGGGGUGAACUUUGGGCUUUUUCUCAAUAUUAUCCGUAUCUUGCUGAGGAAACUGGAGCCAGCUCAGGGCAGCCUCCACACCCAGCAUCAGUACUGGCGUCUCUCCAAGUCAACCCUUCUCCUCAUCCCGCUGUUUGGAAUUCACUACAUCAUCUUCAACUUCCUGCCUGACAGCGCUGGCCUGGGCAUUCGCCUCCCCCUGGAGCUGGGACUGGGUUCCUUCCAGGGCUUCAUUGUUGCCAUCCUGUACUGCUUCCUCAACCAAGAGGUGAGGACUGAGAUCUCACGGAGAUGGCGUGGCCAUGAUCCUGAACUUCUGCCAGCCUGGAGGACUCACGCCAAGUGGACGAUGCCUUCCCACUCAAGGGCGAAGGUGCUGACAUCUGUGUGCUAGGCUGGCCACAUCACGUGACUAGAAUCCACACCUGAACUUGGGCAGCUACCCGGGCCCACCACCCUUCAGAGGAGUGAGAGCAGUGCACCCUGGGAACCGUCAGUUGACGCUUCCACCCAAGCUGCUGCCCAGCCUUUCUUCCCUGUCCUGUCCCUGACUCUCUUUGUCCAGGUCUCUGUGGGUCCACCUCUGAUUUCCUUGGUUCCUGUCUGUUCUUCUCAUGUUCCUCUUCCUGGAGUCUGGGCCAUAGCCCAAUGCCAGAGGAGCCAAUAAACUUGUAAAUGAA